GAUAUGUGGGGAGGGCUGUUCUCUUGGCGCGGGGGGAAAAGGGGCCCUCGCUGAGGCGAUGUGGAGCGGGGAUAGGGCCGGCCCUGAGGGGACGGGCUGUGGGAACAUUUCCCAGGGAUGCAGAGUGGGAACAGGGUGGGGGUUCCUGAGGAUUUGUGUUCUGGGGAUGAAGCUGUUGUGGGCUGUGCCCAGCGGGAGGAGGAGGCUGCUGCUGGGGAGUUCAGGAUGAGGUAGAUGUGGGUUCAGCUGCUUUUCAGCCUUGCUGUUGACAGACAGGUAAGUUAUUUGCCCCAGGUAUGGGAGCACCAGGAAUAUCAGGGCAGGGAUUUUAGGGAGAGGACACACGACAUGGGACAGGCAUAAUGCUGUUCCUCCAAGUGAGAUGUCUGGCUGGGUAGUGCAGUAACAUCCAUUCCUCCUCUGGUGUCCCUUGCCUGGCUGUUGCCUGGCUGUCUGCUGCCCAGGGUGAAUUUUAUAGAGGUUAUUUGAUUUUCCACUCUCUUAGAUCCGUCCCUAGAUGAAUAAAUGCUACACUGCCUGGAAGUAGCUAAUCACCUUUGUCUGACGGUGGCAGAGGGGUAGUUUCAUACCAUGAAUCAGUAGGAAGAGAAUUCAAGCGUCCUGGCACUGUUUCCACAUCCUCAGUGCUUUAGGACAUGGUCUUCAAGCAAGCUGGUUAAUUUAAAUUCCUGAUUUAGAUUUGUUUAUUUUCCUGACUAGGCCUAAAUGAAGUCUACAACACCUUCGUGUCAUUCUGCCUGUUUUUACACAUCACCAAAGGCAGUGGUAUCUGUAUGAGUAUCUUAGAUGUGUACAGGAAAGCCUUUCAUUGUUAAAUAUCUACAAUUUGAGGGAAAAUCCAGAUACAGCCCUCAUGAAACAGUAAUAUUAUUAGCUGACUGAAUUGUUGGGAUUUGCCUAUCCUGUACAUAAUGGUGGGAUUGGCAGGAAAUAAAACCUCAAAGAAGGUAGGAUUUGAUGCUGUUAGAUGCUUUGGUACAAGCCCUGCAAGAACCAUUAGCUUUGAUGUGUAAGUGCACCCCACUGGUGGGCCUGACAGACAAGUUUCCCCAGAACAGACUGAGAAGUGAUUCAGAGUGUAGUUAAAUCUAACACACUUGUUUAUGGUAUAAAAUAAUUGUCACAAGGCUAAACUGAUCAGUAAUCUACCCUGAUCUAAUUUUUCUCCUUGGAAUUAAAAGUAAAUAUGUGGACAUGUGACUGUUUUAAAAUUCCUUUUAUCAUGUGUCUUAUAUUUAGAUUUUUUUUUUAACAUCUGGUAAGAUUAUAUAGAUACACUCACUGAGGGAUAACAUGUACUUCCCUAAGGGUAGUGAGCUGUGCUAGGCCUCUGUAGCUGAGCCAAGUCAAAGAGGGGAUUCAUACCACAGCUCCUACCACAAAGAAGGGAAUGGAGGUCUUGGGGCUUGAGAACAUUUAUUCAGGGAGUGCAGGAAGAAAUGAGAAAUGCCUCAGGCUGGAUGGGGCUUGGAGCACUCUGAUUUAGUGGAAGGCAUCCCUGCCCUUGGCAGGGCGUGGGCUUUAAGGUCCCUUCCAACCCAAACCAUCCUGUGAUUCUGUGUAACUUCUGUCAUCAGAUCGGUGGGAAACAGCACCUCAACCAAUGUUGCAGAUCCUGGAGAGGGAACUUGUGAAACUCAAGAGAUAAGCAAUACCUGAGUGUGAAAGAAUCAAGUGGGGAAUGAUGACUGAAUCCAUAGGAAGGGUACCUAAGGCAAUAAAAGAAACCUGGGAAAAGUAUCUGCAAAAGCACAUGAAGUAGACAAAGCACCAGGGAAAUCUGUAAGAUGAAGAAGGAAAACAAAAGUGGUAUAAAGACUCUGUUCCUCCAGAAAUCUUGGAACAGUUCUUUCCUGAACAGGAAAGAUGAAACCAUAUUAAAAAUAUGUUAUACAUCAUCAGACCCUUCUGCUUAUAUAUAAUAUAUAAAUAAAUGGGUUUUUUUUCCUGCCAUAGAAUUAAUGAUGUUAAUAGCUGCUGUAGAGUAGUAGAGGUAAUAAUACUUCAGGUUAAGUAUUAGAAAAUAAAAGAAUAAGGCAGUUUGGAUGAGAUUGCUGGGCUGGAAUGGAAUGAAGAGAAUCAAGACAGUCAACAGUGUCCCAACUCUGUUCUGAAUUCUUAGGGAGGCAUAGGAUUACAUUUUGUUUAAAAUUACUCAGUAGAUAAGGCAUUAUCAGGUGACAAAAAAAACAAGGCAAGAAGGACCCUUCAGUAUUGUAGUGAGAUAUGGUCAGUAGUUUGGAUAAUUCACUUAGCUUUAGGUAUCAUUUUGUAAGUUUGGUGUAAGUCUUGCCUGUCUCCCAAAGGCAUUUGGGUGCCUUUUGAAACAGCAGAAGUACUAUUUAUUUCUAAAGCAGAGGCUUACAUGUCUUUCUAUGUCUGAUAAAAACAGAGCAGAAAAUACAUGGAUAUUUUCCAUCUGCAGGUAGGAAAGGAACACUUUCCCUUCCUCCUUUACAUGCAAGGAUAUACCAUCCUCUGACAGUUCGUUUGUUUCCUUAAAUCUUGGUUUAUCCUCGUUGAUGUCUAAAUCCCCCUUGUUAUCUUCCAGAAGCUUUGGUCAUCUCUGUGGAAUUCCUGGUAUGAGAAGGCAGAGCGUCAGGGUAGAGAGAAGAUCCUUGCUGAGCUGCUGUAAUGAUGAAGGCAGUGAUUUUAACUGUCCUAAUCACCUUCUCUUUGCUGGCUUCAGGGAAGAAAUUCCGAUGGUGCACCCUUUCUGACCUGGAACAAAGAAAGUGUGCUGAGCUCUCCAAGGCGCUUACGGCUGUGCUUCCCCUCACCACUGCCAGUUCCUUUACUAGGAUUUCUUGCAUCAGAGCCCACAACACAUAUGACUGCAUUGAUAAAAUCAGAGCAAAUAAAGCAGAUGCUGCCUCCUUGGAUGCUGGAGAUGUUUACUCUGCUGUAAAGCUGUACGGUUUGGCAGUGGUGGCAAAGGAGAUCUAUGAUCAAGGAAACUGUGUGUUUGCUGUAGCCAUUGCCAAACGAGGAACCCUGGAUAUCCGGAGCCUACGAGGGGUGCGCAGCUGUCACAAUGGAGCCAGGUGGACAUCAGGCUGGAAUAUUCCACUUGGCUUUCUCCUUGCAAGAAAUUAUCUUUCCUGGGAUGAGGCACAACCUCUGAGCCAAGCAAUUAGUGAGUAUUUCAAUGCAAGCUGCAUCCCUGGGGUUGGUCUUGCUGCUCCCCGACUGUGCGCUCUCUGCCAAGGACAAAAAUCCUAUGUCAGAGACAGGAACCACUUCUGUGAGACAAGCAAUAAUGAACCCUUCUAUGACUCCGAGGGAGCCUUCAGGUGCUUGAAGGAUGGAGUGGCAGAUGUUGCCUUUUUAGAUCAUCUAAGAAUUAUGAGUACCACAGAGUCAGAACAACAGGAAUAUGAACUCUUGUGUCCUGAUGGGUCCACAGCUGAGCUGACUGAAUACAGCACCUGUAACCUGGGCAAGGGGCCUGGCCGCGGCAUCGUCACCCGCAACAACUUCCAGAAGAUCACCAACAAAUUUCUUAGCAUGAUCCAACGCCUCUUUGGGCGUAAAGGAAAGGAAAGAGACAGAUUUGAACUCUUCAGUUCAGCAGCCUUUGGGGGGAAGAACCUGCUGUUCCGAGAUGCCACUCAGCACCUGCAGCUUCUUGAGGAGCAGCUGGAGAUUGCCUAUGUCCUUGGUCUGGAUUAUGUAGCUCUCCUUAAGGGACUCGGCCAUGAAGGGAGCUCUUUGGACAACAGCGUUGUGCGCUGGUGCUGCAUCAGCGAUGCUGAGCUUCGCAAAUGUGAGGAGUGGGCACUGAACAUCAAAUCCGACCCGUUAGUCUGUGUCCAAGCCACUUCCAUGACCAAAUGCAUUGAAAUGAUCAAGAGUAGUGAGGCUGAUGCUGUCACCCUGGAUGCAACACACGUGUACAUUGCAGGGAGAUGUGGACUGGUGCCUGUAGCUGCAGAAUGCUAUGGGGGAGAUUGUGCCCCAGCAGCUGAGACCAUGGAGAAAACAGGGAAACUAAUUCAUCUUAAGCACAAAGCACUACCACCCGUUUAUGCUGUUGCCCUAGCUAAGAAAAGUGCCAAACAGAUUCACAUCCAUAACCUUAGGGGAAGGCGAUCCUGCCACAGUCACCUGUACAGUCCUGGAGGAUGGCUGCUUCUGUCCAGACACACAGUGGGAGCUCAGCAGAAUGAUACUGACAACUGUGAUAUUGCCUCUGUUUACCAGAAUUACUUUUGGAAGGGCUGCAUGCCAGGAGCAGAUGGAAACCUGUGCAAGGUGUGCAUCGGAGAUGGUGAGGUGGAAGGAGCUCGUGUGUCCAGCAGAUGUGCUGCAAGUCACAACGAACGUUACUACGGCAAUAUGGGAGCACUCAGGUGCCUAGUUGGCAAUCCCAGUGGAAGAAGCUUUGGAGAUGUAGCUUUCCUGGAGCACUCAAACCUGCUCCAGAACAUAGAUGAUCUGGGCAGCUCUGGUUGGGCAAAGGGUUAUACCCCCCUUGACUUUGAACUGCUGUGUCCGGACGGAACCCGCGCCGCAGUCACGGAAUGGGCAGGCUGUAACCUGGGCCCCAUUCCCCCCAGCACAGUCAUGACUCGACCAGUCACUGUCACUAAAAUCUCUGAUUUCCUACUGAAAUCUCAGGAAUCUCUGGGAAGCAAAUUGGAUUCUGAAUUCCAGCUCUUUCAGUCAUGGAAGUAUGGUGAAAGUGAUCUGCUUUUCAAAGACACUACUCAACACCUUGUUCAUGCAAGUCACCUGAGCUAUCAGGACAUCCUUGGAGAGUCUUUCAUGCAGCUGGCAGAAUCAGUGUUUAAUUGCACACCUGCAGGCAUCUUGGACUUCUGCAAACAGGAUAUCUGUGCAUCCUCAUCCAAGUGACAUACAGAGGCUUUGCAGGGCACAUAACACCAGCAUUGUUGCUGAGAACAAGGAAAAGAACAACAUGCAAGUCCAACCAAUUCAAAGCAAUCAGCAAGGAAACAGUCAUCUCUAGAAAUGUAUGCUGAACACCUUUUUUUUUUUUUUUCUAGCAGAUUUUAUGUUUAUGAUGAUGUAAUACUGCUCAUAUGUCACUCCUUUCUUUUUUGGAGCAUGGCAACAUGGGGAACAGCACAACCAACAGCACAGAACUAGGAUCAGCAUUGUGGAAAGAGCAGGGCCAGUACCAUGGACUAAAAUACAGACUGGUAUGAGUGGCACAGGUUAGUUGGUAGUUUUGCCUUUUUUGUCUUAUGAACAGUUUCUAUCCACAAACCCAAAUCAACUGACAUUUAGCUACUUGCAACAUUGUCUUCUAUAUGAGUGAUUUUGUUUGCAGUUACAUAGUCCCUGCUGAAUGCUUAUAUGUAUUUCUUCUUUAACCAAUUUUUACUAGUAAAUCAAAACAUUUUUUCUCACCAAUAAAUGCAUUAAGAUAUUUAAUAGCCAGCAGAACUGGAUGCUUACAGCAAUGGAAAGUGCCUGAACGUGAUCUGCAGCCUUUUGAGCAGAAAUCAUCAGUUCAUCAUCUGUAUCAUGUCAAUACAUGUCCCAGUAUGGUGACAGAGCCAAAUCCUCAUAUGCUGUUGCAGCCAGGGAGCUGCAGCCCCGAAGGAGCAGGGAAAGAGCAGGAUGCUGGUUUAGGCCUCCCAGGUGUUCCUGCCUUUCUUUCCUGGAGCUUCCCUGCCAUCUGUGGGGUCCAUGUGCCACUGCACUCAGAAGGGAGUUCUGAGAACACAGUGAAGAAAUGCAUCUGGCAGUCUAGCUUGGCCAAGAGCAGCAUGCAGCUGAUCAGGGAUAAAUUAAAAAUCUGGGUUAUACACAAGAUUUUAUGGAUUGGAAGGGCAGGGAUGUUAUUUUCUGACACAGGCAUUACAAAUGCUUACUAGGCCUUGUUGAUGAUCCUGUGCUCCAGCUUUGAGUCACAGACAUCAGUGUGCUGCCUUGCACAGCCUGGGGUACAUGAACCACUGACCAGCCUCAGCCUUGAAUCUCAGCUCUGAGCUGAGCAGGAAUGGCUGUGCUUUCUGUGGGCCCUGGCUCCUGCUACUCUGCUAUCUGAAGAGAGGGGUGCUGCCUCAGUGCUCUGAAUAGUAGCUGAGAUCAUGCUUAAAAUCUCCCAGGCUGGGAUGAAGGAACAGCAGAACUGCUGCUUUGUGCCUCAAUAACAGCACACCCUGUUACUUAACAGUGCUGAUCUCUGGAGAUUUGAUCUUUCUCCUCUGCAAGUAAGACACAUUAUCAUGCAUAUUUACCCACACAAGCUUAAAGGCCUUAAAAACCUGAAAAGUUCUCAGAAAAUUUUAUUUCCAUAAAUUAAAAACACACACAAAAGAAACAGUAAAAUUUUAGAUUCACACAAUAUUGAACAGAAACAAAAUGCCAAGAGCAUGAUGGAAGCUAAUGGCACAAGUGUACAAAUUCUCAUUGAGCUAUUUGUUAACUUGAUAGUAUCAUAUAGACAUUUAAUCCACAGUUACCAUCCAUAUUCUAGAAAAGCACCUGGAACAUAAUAUACCAAAGGCCCACCUGAAAAAAAUACAAUGAAUGAGAACUGCUUGCAGGAAAUCAUAUCCAGCAAGCACCAGAACUCAAAUGUAUGCAGACACAAGCCAGCCAGGCAAAUGCUGUACCAUACAUUAAGGAGCCUUAGCUGCUCCAGUCACAGCAUGAUGAAAACAAUGAUUUUUUUUUCGUUUUGUUUUUUUUUUUGAAAGUGAUCUUUCUAUCUCUGACAAUCAGCAAAUUUAGCAAAGAGCUGCCUGGCUCUGCAUAAUUUACUCUUAAGAGACAGGACAUAGUAAAACUUUUGCAAUCCUUCUCAAGCUGUUCUAGUCAUCAGUCUGUGAUGUCCUUACCAUGGUGACACAAAAACAUCCUCACUGGAGUAGGUUCCCUUAAUGAAAAGGGAAGUGUACAUAUCCUCCCGCUGGGGAUGUAUGCAGGACCCCAAAAGAUGAAUCCUCUACACUUUUUUCUUUCAAUUAGCUGUGACAGAAGCAGCUCAGAAUGCCCAGCUUUUGCCCAGUCAUCACUCUCAGUGUACAAGCAGCAGCCACAUGGAACAUGGCUGUUCCACGAGUGCUGUAAACAGGAAGAGAGGUGGGAAAGGAAAAUACUAAAAGUUCACAAGCUGAACUGACACCUGUAUGCUGGAGGGGGGAAGAGAUGCUUGGUCUCUAUUAACUUACAUUGUCAUAAAAACACUAAACCAAAAGAGAAUAAUGCUGUGUGUAUUUGGGUUUCCACAAACUAAGGUCUGGGAGAAGCUAGACAACUGCAAUCUCAUUUUGUAACUCCUCCAAUUACUGUAUACUAAAGAGAAUUUGAGUGUUUUCUUUGCUCUGCUCUCUCUGCUUGUAGCUUGUAUGAAAAAAGUUACAAAAUCUCAUUUCAAUGCAGUCAGAAACAAGAGAGAACAGGGAAGAAAAUUUUAAAAAACCCCACCCUAAACAAAGCAAGCAAAACCCAACAUAACCCAAGGGAAAAGACUCAUCACAUUUUGUGUUUUGAAGCACAUUAGAGGUCUGAACUUUUCCUGGACCCAAGUCUCUUCCCCCCCACCCCAAUCUUGAUUUCCUUGAAAGCCCCAGUAAGGUUACAUCUUACUUGUGUCACAGCACUGGGAGCCUCCCAUAUUAAUAGAAGGUGAAUGAAUGCUCUGUAACAAUCCCAUUCUACAGCAUAAAUCCAUAAAAAUAUAUCUCUCAAUCUUGCUACCACUUUCAACUAGUCAAUAAUUGGGCUAAUAAGCUAGCAUAGGGAACUUUCAAACAUUUUUUAGGAGGCAUUUGACCUUUGUUUUUUAAGAAUUUCUUUGUACAAAAAUAAAGAGGAUCAAUUAGAAUGUUCUACAACAGCCCAAUAGGCUAACCAGAAAAAUACUAUAUCAAUAUGUUCAAAGUUUGCCUUGUUCUUUACCCUCAAGCUCCAAACACUACUAUUCUAAGUGUGCACUCCUCUAUUUUCUUCAGUCUUCCUGAUUAAAGAUAGUUAGCUUUCAAAACAAGAAUAUAAACUUUUACAAAUCCCAGCACAUAAGCUGGAAGCAAAACCAACUCAGAUUAGAUUUCUUUCAAGGCUCAGGCACACACAGUGUAAUAAUCCUCUUCCAUUUCUCUACUCUCAAAGCUCUGACAUUCAAGAUUUCCUGUUAAUAUUUAGUUUUCUGUUUGGUCAGUAACAGAAGUGGUAGAGCAACAGAAGAUAGUGAUGGUAUUUGCAGUCCUGCAUUUAUUGGGACUUUAUUAAAAAUACCCACCCACUAGAUAUUUGCUCAAUUUGAAGGUAAAUAGAAACUCUAUUAUAUGGGUAGAUAAAUAAGAAAGUGCAAGUUCAAAUGACAAGUGAAAGAAAGAAUAGACUAAUUAAAUUUGAGCAUCCCAGCAAUGACAGCUUUGCCUGAAUAACUUCUCUAGGCACUAAGGGACAAAAUUACCUGAACUGCAGCUAGCAUUGGAAUUAUGCUUCAAGUUAAGUUUAACAGAAGUUAUGCCAGAAGGGAGCUCUCUUCCUUCCAAAGGUAGAACUGAGAAAUUGCCCAGUGUUGCAUCAGAUAAUUACAUUUGGCCUUACAUAAUGCAAACAAUGUCCACACACUCAGAGGCUCUUUGUACAACACUGGCUAUUAUGUACAAGAACACUGUACAGAGAAUAUCUAAUUAUGAGCUACAGGAA